AUGGGGUGCGACGUGAGCAAUUAUGACUCGGUCUUGGGAACUCUGGAAGUUAUUAUGAGGACGCACGAAGUACAUGGACUCUUCCACCUGGCGGGUCUGCUGAUGGACGUGAGUCUGACCGAGCAAACCCCGGAGACUUUGUCGAAGGUGUUGGACGCGAAGCUUUUGUCGGGCUGGAACUUGCAUCGGGCUCUUCAGCAUUUCCGCGAGCAUGGACUGCCGGCGGUUGGCGACGAGGAAGAGAGGUUGAUCGCUGAGCCGCAACACUUUGUGAUGUUCAGUUCGGUCUCAAGUGCAGUGGGUAACAUUAAGCAAUGCAAUUACAGUGCGGCGAAUGCGGGACUGGAUAGCUUGGUUCAAUACCGACGUCAAUUGGGUCUGCCAGGUGUGAGUAUCCAAUGGGGCCCAUGGACGGAGCAAGGCAUGGCAUUGGGCAUGGAAGCUGUGUUGGAGAAGGCUGGCAUGCGUGGACUGAGCAAUGACAUCGGACUGCGUUGUUUGGCGGAUGUGCUGCACGUGGUUCAAGCCUCAGCACCUGUGGUAUGUGUACAGCAAUUCCGUUGGUCCUCUUUCCUGCAGCGGUAUGAUGUGCCGCCCACGUUCUUCUCAAGUUGCGUAAAGGGCGCCAUGGGAGGAGUUGAGUUGUCGGGUAAGGUGGCUAAGAUGACUGAGGAGGAGCGUAAACAAUACGUGCUACAAACGGUCAUUGACACGGCCAGUUCCGUACUGGGUCGUACUGAAUUACCGCCUAUGGAUGCCCCGUUGCAGGAUCUGGGUAUCGACUCUCUUGGCGCAGUUGAAUUCCGGAACUCACUUCAGAACAAGCUUGGUAUCAAGCUGGCAGCGACUGCAAUGUUUGAUUACCCGACUCUUCGAGGACUUGGGGAGCAUAUCCACGCUCUGGUUGAAGAGAAGGUCGCAAUGGCAGCAGGUGUCUCGCGCGAGGUGGACGACUCAUCCUUCCUACUGGGAGCAGGUGUGGCGCAAGGCGGUGGCUUCGCUGCCGGGGCGGCUGCGAUUGUGGGUGCGAGUCUCUGCAUGCCCGGCGACUGUGUGGACUUGGACUCCUUCUGGGACUUCCUGUGUCAAGGUCGUUCGGGUAUAGUCGACCUACCGCUGGACCGUUUCGACGUGGAGGUGUUUUACGACAAGACCAUUUCAGCCAACUCCUCUAUGGUGAUUCGCCAGUCGGGCUUCAUACAUGAUGCUAUGGCCUUCGACGCUGACUUCUUCCAUAUCACGCCAGCCGAACUCCUUUCUACUGAUCCGCAACAGCGUUUGUUACUAGAGCAGACCUACUACUGCCUGCUUUCUGCUGGCUACAAUCGUGAAACGGUGGUGAACCAGGAGGUGGCGGUUUUUACAGGCUGCUGUAACUUCGACUGGCACUACUUAGAUCAAUAUUCCUCUUCUCCCUUCGCCGGUGUUGGUGGUUCAGGAAGCAUCGUGUCUAACCGUGUGUCGUACACCUUCGGAUUGAAGGGUCCUUCCGUGACAGUGGACACUGCGUGUUCGUCGUCCUUGGUCGCAGUGGAUGCAGCAUUGAGUAAGCUGCGACGUGGCACUCCUGAGGCUUUGGUUGGUGGUGUCAACUUGUUGUUGACACCCCACUUGUUUGCUACUUUUGGGCGUGCUCGUAUGCUUGCGCUUGACUCAAAGUGUAAGACCUUCGACGCUCGCGCAGAUGGAUAUGUCAGAGGUGAGGGGUGCGGUGUGGUCUUAUUGCAACCCGUAGAGGAGGCACGCCGACAGGGUCGCUUCAUUUACGGAAUCGUGCGCGGAUCGGCCGUUAACCAUGACGGUCGAAGCGCUUCUCUGACGGCACCUAAUGGCCCGGCACAGCAAGACGUCAUCCGAACCGCACUGAGGGACGCUGGAGUGCGACCAACCGAGGUGGCUUAUGUGGAAGCGCAUGGAACAGGCACGGCUCUCGGCGACCCGAUCGAAGCGGGUGGACUUAAAGCCGUUUACGCCGCAGGUAGGGACACAAGAAUGCCGUUGGUUGUCGGAGCACUGAAGACUAACAUCGGACAUUUAGAGGGCGCUGCGGGUAUAGCCGGUCUGAUCAAGGUCAUGCUGUGUCUUGAACAUCGCGAAGUGCCCCGGAACCUGCAUUUUGAGCAGCUGAACCCACAUAUUGAUGUGGAGAACUUCCCAGUCGUCUUCCCACAGGCGAACACCCCGCUUACUCAGCGUGGUGUGCUGUACUCUGGUGUGUCCUCUUUCGGAUUUGGUGGAACGAAUGCACACGUUGUGCUCGAGGGCGUCACCAGUCAGUUGUUGCCGUCGAUUGCGAAGCUGCAGGUCGACCGUUCGAUUCUCAGUCGGCGUCCGCACGCUGCCCACUACAAGGUACAUCCUUUCGUCGGCAAGACGGACAUCAAGCCGACUGGACAGCGUUGGUCGCGCUGGGCUCUCCGGAAUGACUUCUACAAUGUCCUGCUCAGACACCAUUGUGUUUUCGACCAGGUGGUCGUCCCUGGUGUGUUGUUGCUAGAGUCCAUUGCCGCACUUUUGCUCUGCACCAAUGUGGUCGAAUACAUGGGUGUGACCGUAAUCACACCGGCCAUGGUCACGGUCAAGAACAUGCUGAUUGAACGUCCUAUCAUCGUUCCGACACCCGUAGAAGAUGCGCGCGAGUACAGCAAGGUACGGAACGAAAUUCAGGCGGAUGGCAGUUUCACGAUCGACGCGCAAUUGACGGAGACGGGAACCAAGUUCGUCCCGAUCGCCUCGGGUCUGUUAGCUACAGACUCUGUUGACGGCGUCGUCUCUCUCGCAGGUACUGGGACGCUGGAACCGGGGGAUGAAGCGAACGACGAGAACCGGAAUGUGGGUGACGAGAACCGAAAUGCGGGCGAUGAAAACCGGGGUGAUGAGAAUAGUGGUGCGAAGGACUGGACUACCAAAGCCGCAGAUCCGGCUACUGCAGGUGGUAAGGUUUUACGGGAGGUGGACGCUGACUUCUUGGCAGCUUAUGGCAGCUGCACUUACGAUAUAAAUCCGACGGAGUUGUACGAACAGUUGGAGGCGGCUGGGUUGCGGUACGGGCCGAAGUUCAGGACGGUGUCCAGUUGUAUACAUUUGAACCAGGUCGAGCAAUACCGGAUCCGUGUGAAAGUAACACGAAAGUAG